AUGGCGCUCUUGCACCUGUGCCGCGCGCUCCGGAAUGGAGGUUUGCGAUCUAGCUGCAGUAGAUUCCUGGCCGCCAGCAGCAGAGGUACAGGUUUUGGAAAGGAUCGGUUCGCGUAUUGCACCAAAGUGGAAGAGGUGGAAGAGGAUCAUGGAGAGGAGAUUCGGGACUGCGGGUUGCCCGCCGCGGACACGGACGAGGAAGAACCACAUCCACAGGAGACCAAAUACAUGAAGAAGGCUGUUUUCGCGUCACCGGACAAGUACUAUGGGCCCGGCAUUUACAAGGCGAUUUUGGUUGGAUCAGUGGGACAGAAACCAGUGGAGAGAGUUUUUGCCACCAAUGUCUCGGUGGUGAUCUUCUCGCUGGGAACUGGCGGACUUCGCAACAACAGGAAGCAGCUGGAAGGAGAGCAUUGGGAAACUUAUGCGGAGCGGAGCUUCACGCAGUGGCACCGAGACCAACGUCUACCUCGAGGGCAGCAUCGAGACGAGAGUGUACAGCGACGCUGUGACGGGAGCAUUGAAGCGAGUUCGAGAGAUUUGCGUCCGGCAGUGUGGACGUUUGUAUGUUGUCGAUUGAGUAUGUUCCAAAGCAACCACAACGCAAAGUUGAUGGCUCAAGCUCUUCUUGGAAACAACGAGCUAUCCAGGGAAGAUCUGGCCUCCUUGUUGAGAAACUGUGCUCAAUCCAAGGAUCUCAUCACCGGGCGGCAAGUUUACUCCAAGAUCUUCGCAAGUGACGCUCACUCGAAGGACAUCUACCUCUUGAACUUGACUGUUCUCAUGUUUUCCAAGUGUUCCAGCGUCGAAGAUGCCCGCAUUGUUUUCCAGGGCAUCCAGCACCCGAACACUUACUCGUGGAACAUCAUGCUGGGCGCUUAUGCCCAAAAUGGGCAUCUCGAUCAAGCAAGGUGGACGCUCGAAAGCAUGCCAGAAAAAACUAUCGUCUCUUGGAACUUGAUGUUGCAAGCUUAUGCUCAAGCUGGAAACUUUAAAGAGAGUAAGAAGCUGUUUGAUCAAAUUCCCAUGAAGUCGAUGGUUUCGUGGACUACCAUGGUUGUCGCGUUUGCCCAAGCUGGGUAUCUGGAGGACGCAAUCAAUGCCUUUGAGCAUAUGCCUUUUAGGAAUCUAGUGUCUUGCACAGCGGUUUUGCCAGCAUAUUCCGGGACAGGGAACCUGUCUAGAGCAAGAGAGAUUUUUGGCCAAAUGCCCGAAUGGAAUCUCGUGUGUUGCAAUGCGAUGCUUGGCGUAUAUGCCGAAAAUGGGCAAAUGUGUCAUGCGAGAUCCACUUUUGAGGUAAUGAAAGAAAAGACAGUGGAGUCUUGGAAUAUUCUUUUAAAGGCGUUUCUUCGAAAUGGCUCCCUAGAAGAAGUCGCUGCUCUGUUUGAGGCAGCUCCAGAAAGGAAUCUGGCAUCUUGGAACACAUUGAUAGCAGAAUAUACCAAGCAAGGGCAUUUGGAGAAAGCAAGACGUUUGUUCAGCGAGAUGCCAGAGAGGAAUCUCCAGUCGUUCACGAUCAUGAUGCAAGCAUAUUCUGAAAAUGGAAUGUUCGAAAUGGCCAUCACCACAUUCCAAGCGAUGCCCGUCGUUGAUGCAAUCGCAUGUACCGUUGCGAUUGCAGCACAUGCCCGCAUGGGAAACCUGGAUUUGGCAGACGAAUUACGGCAUGGAAUGCCGGAGCAAAACAUCCAAGCGUGGAAUGCGGUGAUCUCUGCCUAUGGCGAGAAUAGCGAGCUCCAAAAGGCGGAAAAUCUCUUCCACAGAAUGCCCAUUUGUGAUCUCGUUACCUGCAAUGCUAUGAUCCAGGCGUUUGCCCAAAACGGGCAAAUUGAUCGGGCAAGAGAUCUCUUCCAGGCCAUGAAUCACAGAAGUAUCGUGUCAUUCACUACAAUGAUUCAAGCUUUGUCUCAGAUCGGCCAAAUUCGAGAUGCGGAGGAGAUAUUUCUGAGAAUGCCAGAGUGCGAUCCAAUCGCAUGGAGAGCAAUGCUUCAAGGAUUUGUCCGGAACGGACACCAAGAACGAGCGAUUGAAAUGCUUGAAUCAAGAAAACAAGAGGAUCCAUCUUCUUGUACGAUCUUAAUUGUAGAGUACGGCAGAAACUAUCAGCUAGACGAGGCUAGAAUUUUGUACGAAAAGAUGCCAGCGAAAGAUUUUGUGGCCACGAAUGCUUUGCUCGCAGCAUAUUGCAGGAAUGGUUCUAUAGAUUUAGCAAAGCUUCUUUUUGGUAGAAUGGAACAAAAAGACUUAUUUUCCUGGAACACAAUGAUCCAAAACCAUGACAUAGAUUUGGCAGUCUUAAUGUUUGACAGCAUGCCAGAGAGAAAUCUUGUGUCAUGGAAUUCUAUGCUUGCCGCAUAUGCCCAUCAAGGGCAUCUAAAGGAGUUACAAAGAGAAAUUGAUUCCCUGGUUUGUGAUUUUUCUCUUGAGGGCGUCAAGCCUGACGAGGCAACUUUUCACUCUGGAAUUGUGGGAUGCAACCAUGCCGGAAUGGUUCGAGAGUGUUGCAAGUGUUUCAAAUUGAUGAGUUUGGAGCAUGGAAUAUCUCCUCAGAAGGAGCAUUUCUGUGUCGUGGUUGACGUGUUAUGCAAGUCUGGACAGCUGAAUCAUGCUCAGGAUCUUCUCCAAAACAUGCCAUUUGUGCCAGAUUCAGCCGUUAAGACUGCAUUCUUAUGUGCAGCUGGUGUUCAUCAUGCAAUUCGGACGAAGAAUCUGGACGUUGACCGCCAUGAUUCUGGAUCAUGGUUGGCUUUAGCAAAUUCUUUCUAGCAUUUUGAAUACAAGGACCUACUGUGUUCCAGAUUCCAACCCAUUAAGGAAACUCCAACAAAAAAAGGGAACACGCUGACUAUUCUGAUUGUAAAAAGAAGUUGACCUUAUGAUUGUGAAAAUGUCAACCCUUUAGAACGCACUAAAAAUUAUUGCUCUUUGAGGAGAAUUAUUGAGUGGAAUAAACCACA